AUGAACGAUGAGUUGCCCGACUCAGUGACUGUCAACAACCUUCGCGAUUUUGAAAUUCUUCGGCCAGGUUACGAAGUGAAUGAGGACAUCCUGAUGGCAAUGUCACCUAAUCGACUGGUACUGUAUGCCAUUUCUUCACUUCGUCGUAAUCCACCGAACUUUGCUUCGAAGAACGAAAUCGGUCGUUUUAUAAUUUCCGUGUUGAUAAAGAAGCUUUGUGAAAGAAAGGCCUACGCUCCAUGCUUGUCAAUUCUGGAAAGAUAUCCAUGUGAUUCAUCCACAGUUGAGAAAUGCCGUGUACUUAUUGCUAAAGGUGACAUUAAUACAGCAGACAAUCUGCUGAAUACGCUUCUAGAAUGUCCUGAAGCAGAAGUCAGCGUUGAAGCUCGAUGUCUUCUUGCAGAAUUGCUGGCAUAUCACAAAAAUAUGCUCGAUGAGGCGAUUGCUCUGCUUCGUCAGGGAAUGGACAGCAUUGGAGAAGGUUCUGUCACCUGCGAAACUCGCCUCCGACUGUUUUCACUACUUCACCGACUGGCAGCACGUCAACUUUCUGGAAUAGAAGAACACAUGGAGUCAAGAGCUUUUCGUAUGCGAGAGGAUGCAAUCCGCGAGUGGACGAGGCAACGCAGCGUGGCGGCACAAGGCCCUCCGUCUCACGCGGCUCGACGUAUUGAGUGCGAAUUACGGUGCGAAAAGGAGGCUGUUGAGUCAGUCAGCAAAAACUACAACCUGUCAACAGCAGAAAGGAUGCUCGUAUUUUUGAGGCUCAUUUCCAUUAAUCAUGCUGAUGUUCCGCUUCGACUCGUGAACGGGAACGUUGGAUAUAUUGCUAAUGGAAUGGUGCCAGCCGUUUGGGUGCAUGUGGUUAGCCAUCUGAUGUCGCACUGUUUUGCCAAAAGCAUCCUGGCGCCUGUAAUUAGAACGAUGAUUGUGAAGCUUAUAAUCGCUUAUCCAUUCCAUAUUUUGCACACUAUUCUCAUGUAUAAAUUUAAUGAGAACCACUCGUACAUCGUAGAGACGAUGUUAGAGGAGGCUGAACGUCGUAUUGCGGACAAAACGGCACGGUCCAGAUUCCAUGAAAUUGUGGAGGACAUGACCACAGCACAUGUGGCCUACAUACAGUUUGUAGCAGUGAAGAUCAGUGACCCGCGAUUUUUCAAAAAGCGCCAGCUUCCUGAUAAUAAAGUUCAAUACGAAAUGAUGGAUGGUCUGUCAAUAAUUUCGCAAGGAGAUGUUCUGAAACGAGUGCCGCUUCCAAUCGUUGAUCAGAAGUUGGGCAUCGCGGGUGAUUACUCGGGUCAAGAUAUUGUCAUGUGGGGAACUAUGGAACGGGUUUGCACACAAGCUGAUGGACUGUCGGCCCCAAAAGUCUUAAGGACAAAAGGAAGCGAUGGAAAGCUCUAUAAAAUCAUUUGGAAGAACGAAGACGUCCGACAGGACAGUCUCGUUGAGCAGCUUUUCUCAGUCGUCAAUGGGAUUCUAAAUCGUGGCGAACCUUCAGCCUUUCUUCGCACUUAUAAGGUGGUGCCUUUGGAUAGCAAAUGUGGUAUAAUAGAAUUCUGCCAAGGAACAGUAUCGCUAAAAGAGCUUCUAUGUGGGACGGACCUUGUUAGUGGCCUGCAUCUGAAAGAAGAGCCGUUUGAUAGAAAAGCCCUCCAAGUGCGAACCAUGUUGAAAGAUGCCGCAAAGACGCAAGUGAGCGAAGCAUCGAAGAUGUUCCGAGCAGCUUGCGCUUCUUCAUCCAAUGUUUACUGGCGAUCCUCCUCAGCUGAUUGUAGGCACUUCUUCUAUGGGCAGCACAGUACGGUCCAUUCAUGGGCGCAUAUGAUUGACAAUUAUAGACGGAGUCUGGCUCAAUGGAGUAUAGGUGAGUUCUAA